CAAAAUCCAGAGGAAGAGGUUGCAAUCUGCAAGAAGCUGAUUCUUUUUUGCUUUUCAUUUUCAAGUGGAUUAAGAAGUCUCUCACCUGGUGAGCUGUAGACAUCGCCCAGUACGAUUGCAAAACAGCAGAACAGAGAGCACUGCCGAUCUCCCCUUUCAGUGAUAGUGAUUGAUCCCUACCAUAAGAGUGGCUUUUCUGAAAACAUUUGACCUGACGCAGAAUAAUGGAUAUAAAAGAUCGAAGACACCGCUCUUUGACAAGGGGACGGUGUGGGAAGGAAUGUCGCUACACUAGUUCUUCACUGGACAGUGAAGACUGCAGAGUACCAACUCAGAAGUCCUACAGCUCAAGUGAGACUCUGAAAGCAUAUGAUCAUGACACGAGGAUGCACUAUGGAAACCGAGUUUCAGACCUGGUUCACAGGGAGUCGGAUGAGUUUCCAAGGCAAGGAACAAACUUCACCCUUGCAGAACUGGGAAUCUGUGAACCCUCUCCCCAUCGAAGCGGCUACUGCUCGGACAUAGGAAUACUCCAUCAAGGCUAUUCCUUGAGCACUGGCUCUGAUGCUGACUCAGACACGGAGGGAGGGAUGUCUCCAGAGCAUGCAAUCAGGCUGUGGGGAAGAGGGAUCAAAUCCAGGCGAAGUUCUGGUCUGUCAAGUCGUGAAAACUCGGCUCUCACCCUCACCGACUCCGACAAUGAAAACAAGUCAGAUGAGGAAAACGGUCGUCCCAUUCCACCUACAUCCUCGUCUAGCCUUCUCCCAUCUGCUCAGCUGCCCAGUUCUCAUAAUCCUCCACCAGUUAGCUGCCAGAUGCCAUUGCUAGACAGCAAUACGUCCCAUCAAAUCAUGGACACCAAUCCUGAUGAGGAGUUCUCUCCUAAUUCAUACCUACUAAGAGCAUGUUCAGGGCCACAGCAGGCAUCCAGCAGUGGCCCUUCAAACCAUCACAGCCAGUCAACGCUGAGGCCACCUCUCCCUCCUCCUCACAACCACUCGCUGUCCCACCAUCACUCGUCUGCCAACUCCCUCAACAGGAACUCGCUCACCAACCGCCGCAACCAGAUCCACGCACCUGCUCCCGCUCCCAAUGACCUUGCGACCACACCGGAGUCUGUGCAGCUGCAGGACAGCUGGGUGCUCAACAGCAACGUGCCGCUGGAGACCAGGCAUUUCUUGUUUAAGACAUCUUCUGGAACGACUCCGCUGUUCAGUAGCUCUUCCCCUGGCUACCCACUGACCUCAGGAACAGUUUAUACUCCACCUCCCAGGCUGUUACCUAGAAAUACAUUUUCCAGGAAUGCAUUCAAGCUGAAAAAGCCCUCCAAGUAUUGUAGCUGGAAAUGUGCUGCUUUAUCUGCAAUUGCUGCUGCAGUCCUGCUUGCCAUCCUGCUAGCCUAUUUCAUAGCGAUGCACCUCCUGGGGCUGAACUGGCAGCUGCAGCCCGCGGACGGACACACCUUCAGCAACGGGCUGCGGCCGGGCGCGGCGGGCGCGGAGGACGGAGCGGCGGCGCCACCUGCAGGCAGAGGACCAUGGGUCACUAGGAAUAGCAGCAUAGAUAGUGGGGAAACAGAAGUUGGCCGCAAGGUCACCCAAGAAGUGCCCCCUGGAGUUUUUUGGAGGUCUCAGAUCCAUAUCAGCCAGCCACAGUUCCUGAAGUUCAACAUAUCCCUGGGGAAGGAUGCUCUUUUUGGUGUUUAUAUAAGAAGAGGACUCCCACCAUCGCAUGCACAGUAUGAUUUCAUGGAACGCUUGGAUGGGAAAGAGAAAUGGAGUGUGGUGGAAUCCCCACGGGAACGGCGAAGCAUUCAGACUCUUGUUCAGAAUGAAGCUGUGUUUGUUCAGUACUUGGAUGUGGGUUUGUGGCACCUGGCGUUUUACAAUGAUGGCAAGGACAAAGAAGUAGUCUCCUUCAGUACAGUUAUUUUGGAUUCAGUGCAAGACUGUCCACGUAAUUGUCAUGGCAAUGGCGAGUGUGUUUCUGGUGUCUGCCACUGUUUUCCUGGAUUUCACGGAGCAGAUUGUGCUAAAGCUGCCUGCCCAGUUCUGUGCAGUGGCAAUGGUCAGUACUCUAAAGGAACCUGCUUAUGCUACAGUGGCUGGAAAGGUCCAGAAUGUGAUGUACCCAUCAGCCAGUGUAUUGAUCCCUCGUGUGGAGGUCAUGGUUCCUGCAUCGAAGGGAACUGUGUCUGUUCUGUUGGCUAUAAAGGAGAAAACUGUGAAGAAGUUGAUUGCUUAGAUCCAACAUGCUCCAAUCACGGAGUCUGUGUGAACGGAGAAUGUCUCUGCAGCCCAGGCUGGGGUGGAAUAAACUGUGAGCUUCCCAGAGCCCAGUGUCCAGACCAGUGCAGUGGGCACGGCACAUACCUGUCUGACACCGGCCUGUGUAGCUGUGAUCCCAGCUGGAUGGGUCCUGACUGCUCCGUUGAAGUGUGCUCUGUAGACUGUGGCACCCAUGGGGUGUGCAUUGGCGGAGCAUGUCGCUGUGAAGAAGGGUGGACAGGAGUGGCGUGUGACCAGCGUGUGUGUCAUCCCCGUUGUACAGAGCACGGAACUUGUAAAGAUGGGAAAUGUGAAUGCAGAGAGGGCUGGAAUGGGGAGCACUGCACCAUUGAUGGCUGCCCUGACUUGUGCAAUGGCAAUGGGAGGUGCACACUGGGCCAGAACAGCUGGCAGUGUGUUUGCCAGACCGGCUGGAGAGGGCCUGGAUGCAACGUUGCCAUGGAAACCUCCUGUGCCGAUAACAAGGAUAACGAGGGAGAUGGCUUGGUUGACUGCCUAGACCCAGAUUGCUGCCUCCAGUCUACUUGUCAAAACAGCCUGCUCUGCCGGGGUUCCCGUGAUCCUCUUGACAUCAUACAACAGAGCCAUUCUGGUUCACCAGCUGUGAAGUCAUUCUAUGAUCGAAUCAAGCUCUUAGUGGGGAAGGACAGCACUCAUAUCAUUCCAGGAGAAAAUCCCUUCAACAGCAGUCUUGUGUCUCUUAUAAGAGGCCAAGUGGUGACUACAGAUGGAACGCCUCUAGUUGGGGUCAACGUGUCCUUUGUCAAGUAUCCAAAGUAUGGCUAUACCAUCACUCGUCAGGAUGGCAUGUUUGACUUGGUUGCGAAUGGUGGAUCAUCCCUAACUUUGCACUUUGAACGGGCCCCAUUUAUGACUCAGGAAAGAACAGUAUGGCUGCCUUGGAACAGCUUCUAUGCCAUGGACACACUUGUAAUGAAGACAGAGGAGAACUCCAUUCCCAGCUGUGAUCUCAGUGGCUUUGUCAGACCUGAUCCAGUCAUCAUUUCAUCACCACUGUCAACUUUCUUCAGUGAUGCUCCUGGCCGAAAUCCCAUUGUACCAGAAACCCAGGUUCUUCAUGAAGAAAUGGAGAUCCCCGGCACAAGUAUAAAGCUGAUCUACCUGAGUUCCCGUACUGCUGGAUAUAAAUCCUUACUUAAGAUCAUCAUGACUCAGUCACUUGUGCCACUGAAUCUAAUCAAAGUUCAUUUGAUGGUAGCAGUAGAAGGGCAUCUAUUUCAAAAAUCAUUUCAGGCAUCCCCCAACUUGGCUUAUACAUUUAUCUGGGACAAAACAGAUGCAUAUGGUCAGAAGGUUUAUGGGUUGUCAGAUGCUGUAGUUUCUGUGGGUUUUGAAUAUGAGACUUGUCCCAGUUUGAUUCUGUGGGAGAAAAGGACCGCGCUACUGCAAGGAUUUGAACUAGAUCCUUCAAAUCUAGGAGGAUGGUCUUUGGAUAAACACCAUGUACUUAAUGUCAAGAGUGGUAUAUUGCACAAAGGCAAUGGAGAAAAUCAGUUUCUAAAUCAGCAGCCAGCUGUGAUAACCAGCAUUAUGGGGAAUGGGCGCCGAAGAAGCAUAUCCUGUCCUAGCUGCAAUGGUCUUGCAGAAGGAAAUAAGCUUUUGGCCCCUGUAGCACUGGCAGUGGGAAUUGAUGGAAGUCUCUUUGUUGGAGAUUUUAAUUACAUUCGGCGUAUCUUCCCAUCCAGGAAUGUUACUAGCAUACUGGAGCUGAGAAAUAAAGAGUUUAAACAUAGCAACAAUCCUGCUCACAAAUACUAUCUGGCCGUGGACCCUGUUUCGGGCUCCCUGUACGUAUCAGACACCAACAGCCGACGGAUAUACAAAGUCAAAUCUCUCACUGGCACGAAAGACCUGGCUGGUAAUUCUGAAGUGGUGGCGGGGACUGGAGAGCAAUGCCUGCCCUUUGACGAAGCCAGAUGUGGAGAUGGAGGGAAAGCAGUGGACGCAACCCUAAUGAGUCCUCGAGGAAUUGCAGUGGAUAAGUAUGGACUCAUGUAUUUUGUUGAUGCCACUAUGAUUCGAAAAGUGGAUCAGAAUGGAAUUAUAUCAACUCUGCUGGGCUCCAAUGACCUAACUGCUGUACGACCUCUGAGCUGUGAUUCCAGCAUGGAUGUCAGCCAGGUACGGCUGGAGUGGCCUACUGAUCUCGCUGUCAAUCCCAUGGACAACUCACUUUAUGUCCUAGAGAACAAUGUUAUUUUACGGAUCACAGAAAACCAUCAAGUUAGCAUUAUUGCUGGACGCCCCAUGCACUGCCAGGUUCCUGGUAUAGACUACUCUCUUAGCAAACUGGCUAUUCAUUCUGCACUUGAAUCAGCCAGUGCCAUUGCCAUCUCACACACAGGAGUUCUUUACAUCAGUGAGACAGAUGAAAAAAAAAUUAAUCGGCUACGCCAGGUAACUACCAAUGGAGAAAUAUGCCUUCUUGCAGGGGCAGCUUCAGACUGUGAUUGCAAAAAUGAUGUCAACUGUAAUUGCUAUUCUGGGGAUGAUGGGUAUGCCACUGAUGCCAUCUUAAAUUCACCAUCUUCCUUAGCUGUGGCCCCAGAUGGUACCAUCUACAUAGCUGAUCUCGGAAAUAUCCGCAUUAGGGCUGUCAGUAAAAACAGGCCCAUUCUUAAUUCUUUUAACCAAUAUGAAGCUGCAUCUCCAGGAGAACAGGAGCUGUAUGUCUUCAAUGCUGAUGGGAUUCACCAGUACACUCUCAGCCUUGUUACCGGGGAGUACUUGUACAAUUUCACCUAUAGCAGCGAUAACGAUGUCACGGAGGUGAUGGACAGCAAUGGCAACUCCUUGAAGGUCCGUCGGGAUGCCAGUGGAAUGCCCCGCCAUUUACUGAUGCCUGAUAAUCAGAUUGUCACGCUGGCUGUUGGCACUAAUGGUGGACUCAAACUAGUCUCAACGCAGACCCUGGAACUUGGAUUAAUGACUUAUAAUGGAAACAGUGGUCUCUUAGCAACGAAGAGUGAUGAAACAGGAUGGACAACAUUUUAUGACUAUGAUCAUGAAGGGCGCCUGACCAAUGUAACACGUCCCACUGGAGUGGUAACUAGCCUUCAUCGAGAAAUGGAAAAGUCUAUUACCAUCGACAUUGAGAAUUCUAAUCGGGAUGAUGAUGUCACGGUCAUCACAAAUCUCUCCUCUGUGGAGGCUUCCUAUACAGUUGUUCAAGAUCAAGUGAGGAACAGCUACCAGCUCUGUAAUAAUGGUACUUUGAGAGUGAUGUAUGCCAAUGGCAUGAGUAUUAGCUUUCACAGCGAACCUCAUGUCCUGGCUGGGACAGUAACUCCCACCAUAGGACGAUGUAAUAUUUCUCUACCAAUGGAGAAUGGUUUGAACUCAAUUGAAUGGCGUCUGAGGAAAGAACAGAUUAAAGGCAAAGUGACUGUGUUUGGAAGAAAGCUCAGGGUUCAUGGAAGGAAUUUACUGUCCAUUGAUUACGACCGGAAUAUACGCACUGAAAAAAUCUACGAUGAUCACCGCAAGUUUACCCUGAGGAUAAUUUACGAUCAGCUGGGACGGCCCUUCCUCUGGCUGCCCAGCAGCGGCCUGGCUGCUGUCAACGUGUCCUAUUUCUUCAACGGGCGCCUGGCGGGGCUUCAGCGCGGAGCCAUGAGUGAAAGGACAGACAUCGACAAGCAAGGCAGGAUCAUAUCGCGCAUGUUUGCAGAUGGGAAGGUUUGGAGUUACACCUACCUAGAAAAAUCAAUGGUACUACUGCUCCAGAGCCAGCGGCAGUACAUCUUUGAGUAUGAUUCUUCAGACCGGCUCCAUGCUGUUACUAUGCCUAGUGUUGCUCGGCAUAGCAUGUCAACUCACACGUCUGUUGGCUACAUUAGGAAUAUUUAUAAUCCUCCUGAAAGCAACGCAUCAGUGAUUUUUGAUUACAGUGAUGAUGGGAGGAUUUUGAAAACAUCAUUUUUAGGUACUGGUCGACAAGUCUUUUACAAGUAUGGAAAGCUAUCCAAAUUAUCAGAAAUUGUUUAUGACAGUACUGCGGUUACUUUUGGAUACGAUGAAACUACAGGCGUCCUAAAAAUGGUGAAUUUGCAAAGUGGAGGAUUUUCUUGUACAAUCCGCUAUCGUAAAAUUGGCCCUCUUGUGGACAAACAAAUCUACAGAUUCUCCGAAGAAGGUAUGGUCAAUGCAAGGUUUGAUUACACAUAUCAUGACAAUAGUUUUCGAAUUGCAAGCAUCAAACCCAUCAUAAGUGAGACACCUCUUCCAGUUGAUCUUUACCGUUAUGAUGAGAUUUCUGGCAAAGUUGAGCAUUUUGGCAAAUUUGGAGUUAUUUAUUAUGAUAUAAAUCAAAUUAUUACUACAGCAGUUAUGACACUGAGUAAGCACUUUGAUACCCACGGACGCAUUAAAGAAGUGCAAUAUGAAAUGUUCCGAUCCCUGAUGUACUGGAUGACUGUGCAAUAUGACAGCAUGGGAAGAGUAACUAAAAGAGAACUGAAACUUGGGCCGUACGCUAACACAACCAAGUAUACCUAUGAUUAUGAUGGAGAUGGGCAAUUACAAAGCGUAGCAGUAAAUGAUAGGCCUACCUGGCGCUACAGUUAUGACCUAAAUGGAAAUCUUCACCUCCUGAAUCCUGGAAACAGUGUUCGAUUGAUGCCCCUGCGCUACGACCUAAGAGACAGGAUUACACGCUUAGGUGACAUACCAUACAAAAUAGAUGAUGAUGGAUUCUUGUGUCAACGAGGCUCGGAUGUAUUUGAGUACAAUUCCAAAGGACUUUUAACAAGAGCUUACAACAAAGCAAAUGGGUGGAACGUUCAGUACCGUUAUGAUGGACUUGGCCGAAGGGCUUCCUGUAAGACUAACCUAGGGCACCAUCUGCAAUACUUUUACGCUGAUCUUCACAAUCCAACAAGAGUAACACAUGUCUACAAUCAUUCCAAUUCAGAAAUUACCUCUUUGUAUUAUGAUCUGCAAGGCCACCUCUUUGCAAUGGAGAGCAGCAGUGGGGAAGAAUAUUACGUCGCCUCCGAUAACACAGGCACUCCAUUAGCUGUAUUCAGCAUCAAUGGCCUCAUGAUCAAACAGCUUCAGUACACUGCAUAUGGGGAGAUUUAUUAUGACUCAAACCCUGAUUUCCAGCUGGUUAUUGGGUUCCAUGGAGGGCUGUAUGAUCCUUUAACCAAACUCGUUCAUUUUACCCAAAGGGACUACGAUGUCCUUGCUGGACGCUGGACAUCUCCUGAUUACACAAUGUGGAAAAACAUUGGUAGAGAACCUGCUCCUUUCAAUUUGUACAUGUUCAAGAGUAACAACCCUCUUAGCAAUGAACUGGAUCUAAAGAAUUAUGUAACAGAUGUCAAAAGCUGGUUGGUGAUGUUCGGAUUUCAGCUUAGCAACAUUAUUCCUGGUUUCCCUAGAGCAAAAAUGUACUUUGUGUCACCGCCGUAUGAGUUGACGGAGAGUCAAGCGUGUGAAAACGGACAGCUAAUUACAGGAGUCCAGCAGACAACAGAAAGACACAAUCAAGCUUUCAUGGCUCUUGAGGGACAGGUCAUAUCUAAAAAAUUACAUGCCAGUAUUAGAGAAAAAGCAGGCCACUGGUUUGCAACAAGCACUCCUAUUAUUGGGAAAGGAAUCAUGUUUGCUGUGAAGGAAGGCCGUGUAACCACUGGCAUUUCCAGCAUAGCCACAGACGAUAGCAGAAAAAUUGCCUCUGUCCUUAACAGUGCUCACUACCUGGAAAAAAUGCACUACAGCAUCGAGGGGAAGGAUACUCACUACUUUGUCAAGAUAGGCUCAGCCGAUAGCGACCUCGUCACCCUCGCGAUGACCAGCGGGAGGAAGGUCCUGGACAGCGGCGUAAACGUGACCGUCUCCCAGCCAACCCUCCUUAUCAAUGGAAGGACUCGACGGUUCACAAACAUCGAGUUCCAGCAUUCCACCCUGCUGAUCAACAUCCGCUACGGGCUCACCGCCGACACACUGGAUGAGGAAAAGGCACGAGUGCUAGACCAGGCUCGGCAGCGAGCCCUGGGGUCGGCCUGGGCCAAAGAGCAGCAGAAGGCACGGGACGGCCGCGAGGGCAGCCGCGUAUGGACAGACGGAGAGAAGCAACAGCUUCUGAACACGGGAAGGGUUCAAGGUUACGAGGGAUAUUAUGUCCUGCCUGUGGAGCAGUACCCAGAGCUAGCAGACAGUAGCAGCAACAUCCAGUUUUUAAGACAGAAUGAAAUGGGAAAGAGGUAACAAAUUAAACUGCUGUCAUCCUCUGAUGGAUGAAUCAGUAGUCAUAACUGUUAUCUCCUCUCCUAAGGAGAUGAAGACCUACAUGGGGGCACUAGGCUGAGCUACUUUGGGAUAGCAAGUGGCAGAAAAGCUCAUAUUUUUUGAGUUAAAUGCUACUGUUCAAGUGAUUAAAAACCACAUCCUGAAGUGGACUAAAGCCUGACUGAAAACUCUAACCAUACAAAUUUAAAAGUACCCCUGAAAUAUUACCCACUUGUUCUGGGUCUAAAGAAAAAUAAAAAGAAGGCCUCGUAUUGUAUUACCUCACUCCAUUCACACGUGAGCAAACUAAGAAAUCCAAGUGGGCCACUUUCACUAACCAGCUGAUGAAACACAAACAAUUCAGACUGCUUGUUUGAUAAAUAUCCAAGAGGUUUUCAUUUAAAGCAAAAUACAGGUGCAUUUAAAACAUGACUUUGGGGUGAUUUGUGUGUAGCAAUUGGAGGAAAAGGAGAACGCAAGUGAGAGCACACUGGAAAUAGUAAAGGAAACUAUAUUUAAAAUAACAAAACCGCACUUGCACUCUGACCCUCCAUUUGUCUGGCCUGAAGCUUAACUUAUUCAAAGAGGGCAGAGUGUAAAGUUACAUACAAAAUGGUGGCUAUAAAUCACUACAAAUAAAUUUCAUACUCUGUUUGUCUUUGAAGAUUUCCAUUGUGGACAGUAUAACACAGUUACAGGGUGUAGUCUGUUUAGAUUCAGUAGUUUGUUGGUAUCAGUUCCAGUAGAGCUGUGGGCAUUGUGUUACACUAUUGCAAAUGGGCACCACGUCAGAUCACCCUGUACAUACAUCAGCCAGAAGGCACAGUCACUGUUUCAGAUUUAAAAAUUAUUAGUGUGUUUGUUUGGUCGAGAAACUGAGACAAUCACAUUACAGUCACCGCAAAAGAAAAAAAAAAAAAGUCUAACAAGAACUUUGGUACAAGAACUUUUUUGUAAUAUACAUGUAUGAAUUGUUCAUUGAGUUUUUAUAUUAAUUUUAAUUUGCUGCUAAGCAAAGACUAGAGACAGGCAAAGAUAAUUUAUGGCAAAGUGUUUAAAUUGUUUAUACAUAAAUAAAGUCUCUAAA